CUCAGAAAUUUCUAAAUGUGCAAACUGUCAACACUAUCUGAAUGCGGUUCUGUUUAACCACAUGUGAAGUAACUAUAUAAAAUCACACCCUUGUAAGAAGUAUGUCAAGAUCUCAAUUCGUCAACUCUCUUAUCUGGUGCAUUAGUCCAAUCAUUGUACUGAGAACUAGGAGCAUCUCAGAUUUCCAUUGCUGUUGUUGCUAAAAAAAGAUUCUGCAGUGAACCCAAUUCUGAAUCAAUUGUCUCAUCUGUUUCAUUAAGAACCUUCAAUGGCAACAAAAGCAGAGCAACUUCCAUUAGUUCUUCUUCUGAAUAAUUUCCCAUUCAUCCCUUCAUUUCAAGAAAAAUUCUCAAACCAAUUCAGAACUCUCAAACGAACUGAUCUCUCAAUACCUGUAAAUGAAUUUCUCAAAAAAGAUUGUCAAUCUGUGAAAGCCUUAGUUUGUGGGGCUAAAUUUGCAGUCACUAAAGAAUUCCUAGAUUGCUUACCUUCUUUAGGUUGUAUGGUUCUUACUUGUGUUGGUCUUGAUAAUAUUGAUAUGGCUAAGCGGCAAGCGGAUAGGAAUUGUUGGGUUGGGAAGUAUUGGGUCCGAGGUAGCCAAGAGACUUGUGGCGUUCAACUGCAUUAUCUCAUACACCUCAAGGAAUAAGAAGCCAUCAGUUCCGUUCUCC